AUGGCUUCGCCGGCACAGUGCUUCUAUUGCUUCGAAAGCUUGGCUGCCUCAUUCAAGAACGAGGAACCUCCUAGUCUUGCUACCAUAGAGAGUUCUUAUUGGCAAUUCAGUCAAUCUAAGCAACUAGCAACUAUGGAGAACAGGGCAAUUGUCGAAGAAGAGGAGGAUGAGGAUGAAAUUGAACAUAGCAGCCAUACCACUCGUCCUCGGAAUAUCAAGCUGCCCUCCGUAUCUCGCCUUCAACAAGAUGUAUCCUCAGAUUCGUCGUCAAGUACAACUGCUACAUUAUCAGCUAAUUCGUCUCGCUCGGCGCUGUCAAACUCAACAACUUUGACUACCCCAGAUGAUCCUUUAAGCUCUCAAAGGAGCAGUAUGUCGGAGGAAUCUUAUCCAUUAUUUGUUACAUGGAAUUUGAUUUCGAGACAUGGCCAUAAAUCUCUGCGUGGUUGUAUUGGCACAUUCGAAGCCCAGAAGCUCUCUUACGGUCUCAAAAAAUACGCACUUAUAUCUGCCUUUGAUGAUACGCGGUUCUCUCCAAUCCCUCCAUCACAACUGCCAUCUCUUUCAUGUGCUUUGACUUUGCUUGGCAACUUUGAACCGUGCGCGGAUGCUAUGGACUGGGAGUUGGGCACACACGGGCUACGGAUUUCCUUCAUUCACCGGAAUCGGCGAUAUGGGUCGACAUACCUUCCAGACGUCGCCCUCGAACAAGGCUGGACAAAGGAAGAGACUGUUGAGAGCCUAAUGCGUAAAGCAGGGUGGGAUGGUCCUAGCAGUGGUGGCGGUGGCAUUGGCAUGACGAGAAGAAUUCUUCGAGGAAGCAGCGGGUCGAGUAUCAAUAACAAUCAUAAUAAUAACAUUCGCAAGCCGUGGGAUGAAGUGGCCGAUUUUAAGGCCACUCGUUACCAGGGCUUGCGGACAUCUGCUGACUACAGUGACUGGCAAGAGUGGAGGGAAUGGGUUGAAGCUGAUAAGUCAAGGCACCUAUAG